AUGAAUCGUCUGCAACGUGAGUACGAUGACCUGGAAGAAAUCGGACGUGGUGGAUUUGGAGUCGUUUACCGUGGUCGAUGUGUUGCCAAAGGGAAAGAAUGGAGCGGAAAAAAUGUCGCAAUCAAAAAGAUUGAUAUCACAAAAGCGGCAACGUUUCGAGUCGAAUUAGAGUUACAAGCUUUAUCCAGACUUAUCCAUGACAAUAUCGUGAAGUUUUAUGAGCAGUUCCAAGAAAAUGGUGCGCAGUAUAUAAUCAUGGAGUAUUGCAAACAUCGGUCACUACGAGAUUACGUUAAACAAAAUGGAAGAUUAUCUGAUUUUUCAGCGGCAUAUAUUCUUCGUCAGUUAGUAAGUGCAGUGAAGUAUAUACAUGAACGUAAUAUGAUACACCGUGAUAUCUCUGCUGGGAACGUCCUUAUUUCAUCGAUCAGAGAAGACAAAUUAUUUGUCAAACUUGCUGAUUUUGGCCUUGCGACGAAAUUCCGGAAAGGUGACAUUGCUAGGACAAUGCUUGGAACUCCCGGAUACAUCGCUCCGCAAGUGUAUAAUCGGCACUAUAAUCAAAAGGCAGAUGUUUAUUCUUUGGGUGGAAUAUUAUAUCUAAUGUUAACUGGGUAUGAUCCGCCGAGAGAUUGUGAAGUGAAUCCUUUCAAGGAAACAAUUUCGUUAGAAGGUGCUACUCUCAUUCAAAGUAUGAUGGAUCCAAAUGAAGAAAGACGUAUUUCUCUCGCAGAUAUAUCAAUGAGUGAUUUUAUGAGGAAAGUUGAUGGACUUAGCCUUCCAAUAAGUAGAUCUCGAGAAGUAUCGAAAGAGAGAAUCAUUUAUCGUGAUUGUCAAACUGCGCAUAUUUCACCGGUAAUUGUUCGAGCACAUUCGGCGAGACCAAUGGCUAGUGGAUAUAAGCGUAUGACUAAAGAUUCUGCAUUUGAAAGCGGCGAAAGUGGUCAUCCCUAUCGUCGACGACCGUCUUUGGAUUACCAUCGUAGCGAAUCAGUUGGUAUAACAAGUUGUCGACAUAGUACCAAUUUGGAAAAUCAAUGUGCACACUGUGGUAAGCGACAGUCAUUGGAAAAAAGGUAUGGAAGGGAGACUGACGUAUACGAGUCCAAUGGUAUGCGACAGUCAUCACGCGCAAAACAAAGACCUGCGCUUAUUGCACCAGUGGGUGCGAAUCUAAAGCAGAUGGAGGGAAGCUUUGGUGACAAUUCAAGUAAAACAACUGCUGCACUCAUAUGGCCAAUUGAUGUGUCACGUUUGACGCCUUCUGAGACUGUACGAAAAGCGGGAAGGUUUACACUUCAAAAAAAUGGGACAGUCGUUUACGAAGCGACUAUUCGGGAUCGAAGCCGUUCAGUCAAUCGGAACGGCUCUAUAAAUGAUGAGAUACUGGUAAAAUGGAUUGCCACAGUAAAACGAACAACAAAUGGAGCACAAAAUUUUUCUGUUUUCCAUCAGCCAGAUAAAUGUGCUUCUUCUGUAAAUAAGGAAAUACUUCCUCAUCUGACUGAUUCUAAAAUUCAUCGUAAUUAUCAUAGUUUAAAACAGCUGCAGUACAAAGUCGAUAAAGUGGAUGAGAUUGCUUUGGCGUUGUAUAGAAGGAUUCUGGAUGAGGUUAGUACGUUAGGGGCACGCGUUGUCAAGAUUAUCUUCAAGCCGUCAUGUGAUAGCACUGCUCGGUUAAUGGAAAAUGGCGAUUUUCGAAUCAAAUUUCAAGAUGGACGGUUGGCUAUACUUAAAAAAAGUGCAAAAUCAAUUGUUGUUACAAUGAAUAAUAAGACUCCCUCAUCUUUAUCAAAUGAAGAAAGGUGUAUGUUCGAAUGUGCACAUACCGAUGCACUUUUGUUAGAGACAUUCUUGGAGAGCGCUCCAUUGAAAACCGUGAAAUCUUUUCCGUUUCACUUCUCCAAUAACAGUCAAUUUAGUAUGAACGAAAUGACGGAAACAUCGAGAGAAAAAAUUUUGGCGGAAAAGCAAGCGAAUCAUAUGAGUUCGGAAAGAUUCCACGCUCCCACUCAAUUACAAACCAAGAAGUGUCAGUCAACGGAUUGCAUGCCAAUGCAGCAGCGUCGUGCACCGCUUCGCACCCGCAACGUUCCAUCGACUUCAAAUAAUGAUGUCGAAAUUGUUCAGAAAACUAGAGAAACUAGCUCAUCACCCGAAAAUUUGCAGUUGCCUCGCCAUCGACCCCAAAUGCUUGCUGAAGGAGAGUACAUCUUGCGCGGUCAGUUUAAUAAAAAUGGCAUACAAGUUCCGACACGUAUCAUUUUAAAUGAUCCAAAAAUUACUCUCGAACUGCGAAUAUCCUCUAACGAUCCGAAAGUUUUUGUUUUUAAAGAAAAUGGUCAUGAAAAGAGGUUUCGUUUUGAUGGCAUCAGUUACGGCUGUGUUCCAAUGGCUGCCCGUGAUCUUCUUUUUACACUAUGCCAGAAACGACUGAAAUUGAAAGCAUCAUUAAAUUAA